UGUUGCCUGGCAACGGCGACGCGUCCCGAGCAGGCCCCGCCGGGAGCGGGACGGGACCAGGCCCCGCCGGGCUCCCGUGUCACCCCGGGCACUUCAUCACUCCUUCCCUGCGGCUCAGCUCCGUUCUGGGGCUCCCUGAGGCUCCUGCUGCCUUUUGGGGCCCUCUCAGGGUCCUCCCCUCUACCGGAUCCCUGCUCACAUUUGGGGUUUGCUGAGGUUCCUAUUCCUUUUGGGACUCCCUGAGGUUCCUGUUCCCUUUGGGACCUUCUGGGAGUCCCCGAGGUUCUUGUUCCCUAUUGGGACAUUCCCAGAGUGCACACUGUCUUCUGGGGCUCCCCAGUCCCUUUUGGGGUCCUCCAUUGAAGACCCCAUUCCCUUUUGGGGUUCCCUGAGGUUCUCAGUCUCUUUCAGUGUCCUCCCUCUCCAGGGUCUCUGUUCACAUUUGGGUCUCUCUGAGGCUCCCAUUCCUUUCUGGGGCUCUUCAUCCCUGAAACCCUCACUCCUUGGAGCUCCCUGAGAGCCCCACUCCCUUUCCAGGUCCAUCUCUCCAUCCCUGAAAACCCCUCUCCUUUUUGGGACCCUCUCAGAGGCUCCCACUCUCUUUUGGAUCUCUCUCCUCCUCCCUGAGGCCGCUGCUCCAUUUUAGGCUUCCCCAGGGUGCUCCAACCCCUCUGGAUCUCUCCUUCCCUGAGGCCCCCAGCCCAUUUUGGGGCUCCCUUUGCGGACCCUCCAUCCCUGCAGCCCGUCCCGCUCUCUCCCGCCAUGGAGAUCAGCUUUGAGUACUCGCGGAAGCGCAGCGAGUUCGGGCGGCCCUGCAACUUCUCGGACUUCCUGGCCGAGGUGACCGUGGACAUCCCGCCCGACCCCAGCCUGGCCGACAACUUCAUCCGCCAGGACCUCGUGGACUCUGCAGUGCAGGAGGGUCCCCUCAUGGCCUUGCACGAGGUGAACACGGAGCGGGUGGAGGUGUCCAUCCGGGGCGUGAACCACGUGGAGGGAGGGUGGCCCAAGCACGUCGACCCCAAGAACUCGGAGCUGACCACCCGCUACCGGGAGGAGGUGGAGAGGGAAGAGGUCUACACCAGGAGUGUCCAACACCUCGGCUCCCUGGUGGAGCACUACAUCAGGCAGAACAACACCAUCGACAUCUACGAGCAAUAUUUUGAGGAGGAAGAGGAGGAAGAGGAGGAGGAGGAGCAUCCUUCAGCCAAAACCAUCAAUGUCCUCAGGGACCCCAACCUGCCCCGGAGGAUGGCCACGCACCUCUGCUGGCACCCCGACGCCAACAGGGCAGUGGCUGUGGCUUACUGCAGCCUGGACUUCCAGGACAGCAGGAAGAACUUGAGCUUUGACUCCUACAUCUGGGAUCUGGAAAAACCCUACACCCCUGAGCUCACCCUCAAGCCCUCGUCCCCUGUGGUGACCCUGGAGUACAACUCCAAGGACUGGUACCACGUGCUGGGAGGCUGCUACAACGGGCAGAUAGUGUAUUGGGACACCAGGAAAGGGGGGCUGCCCAUGGAGAUGACCCCUGUGGAGCUCAGCCACAGGGACCCCGUGUACGGAGCGUGCUGGCUGCCCUCCCGAACGGGCACCGAGUGCUUGACAGGCUCCACCGACGGGCAGGUCCUGUGGUGGGACAUCCGCAAGCUGUCCCAGCCCAGUGAGAAGCUGAUCUUGGACAUCACCCGGGAGGAUCAGCUGAAGAAGGCUCUGGGCGCCAUCUCCCUGGACUUUGCGCCCACCAUGCCCACCAAGUUCCUGGUGGGCACAGAGCAGGGCAUCAUCAUCUCCUGCAAUCGCGACGCCAAGACACCGCCCGAGAAAAUCGCCAACAUCUUCAGCAGCCACAUCGGGGCUGUCUACAGAGUGAGCAGGAACCCCUUCUUCCCCAAAGUCUUCCUGUCCGUCGGGGACUGGACUGCUCGGAUCUGGACAGAGGAGCUCAUGGAUUCAUCAUCGAUUAUGGAGACCAAGUACCACACUGCCUACCUGCUGGACGUGUGCUGGAGCCAAGUGAAGCCGGCCGUGUUCUUCACCGCCAGGUCGGACGGGACCCUGGACGUCUGGGACUUCCUCUACCACCAGAAGGAACCUUCCCUCAGCCUCAAGGUGUCCAUCGACCCCCUGCUCAGCCUGUGCUCCCAGGACAAUGGGCAGAUCGUUGCCUGUGGCACCAGGCAGGGCACUGUGUACCUCCUGGAGAUGUCCCCAGGGCUCUGCACCAUGCGCAAGAACGAGAAGACCCUGACCUCCACGCCCCCAUCUCCCCGCAGAUGUUCGAGCGGGAGGCGAGGCGGGAGAAGGUCCUGCAGGAAAAAUAUCGGGAGCGGCAGCUGCGGGAGCAGGAGCGGCUGCAGGCCCAGCCAGAGGAGAAGGAGGAUCCAUGGGAGGUGUUCAAGCAGGCCCAAGCAGAUUUCCUCUCCCACAUCAAGGCAGAGCAGAGAAGGAGGGGCAUGGAUGUCCCCGGAGAGGAUUAAGAGAGCCAGGCAGCUGCAUAGCUGGAAAACCAGGAAGAGGAGGAGGAGGAUGCCAAGGUCAGUGUGCUCCAGCUGCACCUUCCUUUCCCCUCCAUGCCAGAGCUGCUGCAGGGAUGAGGCCACUGUCCCCAAGGCAGGCAGCUCUCCUGGGCUCUCUGCGCUCCUGGGGUGGCAAGUGGGGGUCCCUGCGCAGCCCCUGACCCCACUGGCCAGCUGCUCCCUGGCCUUUGCAUCCUGAUUCUCUUUGGUGUGAAUAAACCGGUGCUUUCCAUGUCA